CAACUUAAUACUGCAAUUGCGCUGCUGUCAGUGUUCUUGCUUUUCAUGUCCUAUUAUGAAUAGCAUGGUGAUCGAGUGUAUUCGGAACAAGUAAGCGCAUUUAUUUUUCAUACGAUCAUCUUCUGCUUCUCAGCAGCAGCAGCAACACGCCAACAAGCAAAACCCAGAGUGGGGAGGUGAUACGGCGGGAGCGCGCAGUAGAACACUGCGGCGCGCAUGCACAGCUGUCAGCACCAAGGACAGCAGCCGCUCAGCCCGGAGCGACCAGCAACGCAUCGGUGUGACCAGCAUGCACAGAGCGCACGAAGCAGCGGCCGGAUGGGCUGAUACACACCCCGGAGAGGAACCUAAGGUUUAACUCUUUGUUCAAGACCGCAAGGAGGUUUGAGCAAAUCUGCAAAGGAGAGCAAAGAAAGGUGGACAAUGCGGUUUGGAUGUUGCAGGUUGACAAUUUUCCAGUAAUAUGACCGUGCACAUUCCUGCGCUUUGCACAUAAAUCCACCUAUUUUAUCAACAAUUUUCUUCCUCUUUGUGGCCCCCCUCAAUCGUUCGCCUACAACGCCCACCUGGAUCGUGUCUGCAGUUGUGCAUUCAGCUGGCUGAGCCGUGCUGUUGUCCAGAAGCUGGUCUAGCCGACCCGCCACCAGGGAGAAAAGCGACCGGGCUGCACUGUGCUGUUUGGUGGUCCACACGAUGCGGUUGUUCUUGCUGGUGGUGCUCUUCUCGUGCUCCUGCGCGCGGGCCGGCUGCGAGCCCAAGAUUGUGAACAUCGGGGCCGUCCUGAGCCAGAAGAGAUAUGAGCAGGUCUUCAAAGAUGCCGUGACCCAGGCCAACCAGGUCUACGGUAGAGACAAAUUCAAGCUGACCGCAAUCUCCGUAACGCAUAAACCCAACGCCAUUCAGAUGGCCCUCUCCGUCUGCGAGGACCUCAUCUCCAGCCAGGUCUAUGCUAUCCUGGUGAGUCACCCACCACAGUCCAAUGACCACCUCACUCCAACACCUGUCUCCUACACAGCAGGCUUCUACCGCAUCCCUGUGGUGGGGCUCACCACACGCAUGUCCAUCUAUUCCGACAAGAGUAUCCACCUGUCCUUCCUGCGGACAGUCCCUCCCUACUCCCACCAGGCGCAUGUGUGGUUCGACCUAAUGCGUGAGUUCAGCUGGAACCACAUCAUCCUGAUCGUGAGUGAUGACCAUGAGGGGCGGGCUGCUCAAAAGAGGCUCGAGACCCUCUUGGAGGAAAGAGAGACAAAGAAUAAAAAAAGGAACUAUGAAAACCUCGACCAACUGUCCUAUGACAACAAGCGAGGACCUAAGGCAGACAAAGUCCUCCAGUUCAGCCAUGAGACUAACUUAACUGCCCUGCUGCUGGAGGCGAAAGAGCUCGAGGCCCGAGUCAUCAUCCUGUCCGCCAGUGAGGAGGAUGCUGCUGCAGUGUACAAGGCUGCCCGCUUCCUCAACAUGACGGGCUCUGGCUAUGUGUGGCUGGUGGGCGAGCGGGAGAUGUCGGGUAAAGCCCUGAGCGAGGCACCAGACGGUCUGAUCGGCCUCCAGCUCAUCAACGGGAAGAAUGAGUCAGCCCACAUCAAUGAUGCAGUGGCUGUGGUGGCGCAGUCCAUCCAGGAGCUCUUUGAGAAGGAAAAUAUUACAGAACCCCCAAGAGGAUGUGUGGGCAACACCAACAUCUGGAAAACAGGGCCCCUCUUUAAACGGGUGCUCAUGUCAUCUAAAUAUCCAGAGGGCCUCACAGGACGAGUGGAGUUCAAUGACGACGGCGACAGGAAGUACGCCCACUAUAGUAUACUCAAUUACCAGAAGAGUCGACUCAUUCAAGUCGGCAUAUACAAUGGAACGCAGGUGGUAAUGAACAAUCAGCGCAAAAUCAUCUGGCCCGGAGGAGAGACUGAGAAACCACAGGGCUUCCAGAUGUCCACUCGAUUAAAGAUAGUGACGAUACACCAGGAGCCAUUUGUGUAUGUGAAACCCACUUUGGCAGAUGGAACAUGCAAGGAGGAAAUGACCUUAAAUGGAGUCUUAAUUAAAAAGGUUAUCUGCACUGGGCCCAAUGAAACCAUCCCAGGGCGCCCAAUUGUACCCCAAUGUUGUUACGGAUUUUGUAUUGAUCUCCUGAUCAAGUUGGCUAUGACCAUGAAUUUUACCUAUGAGGUUCAUCUGGUGGCUGAUGGGAAAUUUGGGACUCAAGAGCGGGUGAACAACAGCAACAAGAAAGAGUGGAAUGGCAUGAUGGGAGAGCUCCUAGGGGGCUUGGCUGACAUGAUUGUUGCCCCAUUGACUAUAAACAACGAACGAGCCCAGUACAUUGAGUUCUCCAAACCCUUUAAAUAUCAAGGCCUCACCAUCCUUGUUAAAAAGGAAAUCCCUCGCAGUACACUGGACUCGUUCAUGCAGCCGUUCCAAAGCACACUGUGGCUGCUGGUGGGUCUAUCGGUGCAUGUGGUGGCGGUGAUGCUUUACCUACUAGACCGGUUCAGCCCGUUUGGAAGAUUUAAAGUAAACAGUGAAGAAGAAGAAGAAGAUGCCCUCACCUUAUCAUCUGCUAUGUGGUUCUCCUGGGGAGUGUUGCUGAACUCUGGAAUAGGAGAAGGUGCACCGCGCAGCUUUUCGGCAAGAAUCCUGGGUAUGGUGUGGGCUGGCUUUGCUAUGAUCAUUGUGGCUUCUUAUACUGCCAACCUGGCUGCCUUCCUGGUGUUGGACCGGCCCGAGGAGCGCAUCACCGGCAUCAAUGACCCAAGGCUGAGAAACCCAUCAGAUAAGUUCAUCUAUGCCACGGUGAAGCAGAGCUCUGUGGACAUCUAUUUCCGGCGGCAGGUGGAGCUAAGCACCAUGUACCGCCAUAUGGAGAAGCACAACUAUGAGAGUGCUGCAGAGGCUAUCCAGGCUGUGCGUGACAACAAGCUGCAUGCUUUCAUCUGGGACUCUGCGGUGCUGGAGUUUGAAGCCUCGCAGAAGUGCGACCUGGUGACCACGGGAGAGCUGUUUUUCCGUUCGGGCUUUGGCAUAGGCAUGCGCAAGGACAGCCCCUGGAAACAGAAUGUGUCCCUGGCCAUUCUCAGUUCUCAUGAGAAUGGCUUCAUGGAAGACCUAGAUAAAACCUGGGUGAGAUACCAGGAGUGUGACUCAAGGAGCAAUGCCCCAGCCACACUCACCUUUGAAAACAUGGCAGGGGUCUUCAUGCUGGUGGCUGGAGGAAUAGCAGCAGGGAUCUUCCUUAUCUUCAUUGAAAUCGCCUACAAGCGCCAUAAAGACGCCCGCAGGAAGCAGAUGCAGCUGGCCUUUGCGGCCGUCAAUGUUUGGAGGAAGAACCUGCAGCCCUCUUCCUCUCUAGAGACUCAGGAUGAUAGGAAAAGUGGUAGAGCAGAGCCCGACCCCAAAAAGAAAGCCUCUUUUAGGUCCAUCAGUACCACCCUGGCCUCCAGCAUCAAGAGACGUAGGUCCUCCAAAGACACGCAGUACCCACCCACUGACAUCACGGGCCAACUCAACUUGUCUGACCCGUCUGUCAGCACUGUGGUUUAAAGAGAGGGAGACAGUGACAUUUGCUCCAUGACGAGAGAAGAAAUGAGAUGAGUAUGGAAGAGAGGAAGUGGAGGGGGAAGCGAGGAUGAACCUAUCUCCUUAUUCCCUUCUCUGUCAAAGCUGAAGCUUUUUCAUCGCCUGCCAGCAGAGCUUGUGAGGAAACUGCUUGCUGAAAAAGUGGCUGAAAACACUGAACGUGCACCUUUUUAAAGUCAGGAUUACCUGGCGUUAGAUGUUCGUAGGGUCUAUGAGCAUGCACAGAAGAACCCAUCUGACUCGCAUAUACAAUCUUUUCCUUCUGUAUAUUAUUAGCUAACUUAUUUAACCUUGUUUUUGCCCAUUUACUCACAGAAAUGUACUUAAUGUUAGAUGUUUUCCCAUUUUUCAGACCACAUGUCUAGCAAUUAGCAAGUCAGGUUUAGUUGGGUUAAGGUUAUCGAUAAACCAGUUCUGGUACAAGUACUGCACUCGACAUAUCCCUUGCAUUUAGGGCUUCUAUACAGUAGUAAUAUCUAGUAUUUCUUAACAACAUAUACUGCAAUACAAGACGUACUGUAAGCUUAAAUGGAUAUCAAGGAUUUUUAAGCGGAACUACCUGUGUUUUUAUCUACAUUUUAGAAGUUUUUAGAUGAUGUUUCUUUCAUUGGGAAGCACUAGUAAUGGUACUAACAAUGAGGAUAUGACUAGUCUUGUCUGCCAGUCAAGAUGAUGGAAGCGUGUGUGUUUGUAUAGGAAUAAGAGCUUUAUGUAUGCGAAUGAAGAUAUUGAAUAUUUUGGAGGAUAUAUACCAGAUACUGCUGUUUAAAUUGUAUUUUUCCCCUUUAAUUUUAUACCAAUCUGCCAGGUUUAUGUGUAAAUGCUCAGUUUAUUAAAGAAAAUCUAUUCAGCUUUACUUCUACUUAUAGCAAGAGAUGAGUGAUAUGACAAAUUCGUUUGAAAUCUGAUGAAGUAACUGAGUAAGGCUGGUGUAUUUCUGUCCAAACCUGUUUGAGAUGCUUAGCGGUAAGCCAUGUUGCAUUUGGGUACACCUCUCUUCCCCUGUCCUGCCACAGCAGUCUUUCUCAUUUCCAGUCUUGAAGGGGUUGCAUCAAAGGGCCAGGUUUUUCACCCAACCAGCACUCGGUCUUUCAUGCAAAACUCCAACCCUGUGCAGUGCUGGAGAACUUUUGCAUGAAGGAACCCGAGUGAAUUAAAAGCGUUGCUCAGUUUGUGAGCUCGUGUGCAGAUCUUGGUUAGAUGCAAAAACAGGCCGUUUCCCAUUGUCUGGAGGUGAGAAACCACUGCUGUUCAUGCUGGUGUCUGGCACUGCAUAGCACUUUAUGCUAAGGAGGGGAACCCAAACAGUGAAAAAAGACUUAACAAGAAACUGGAACAGAACCAUUAUAACAUAAGUCAGACACACUAACUUCUCCACAUACAAAGUCAUUAUAAGAAAGAUAAUGACAGUUUUCAACAACCACACAAAGUGCUAAAACAAUUUGUUUUCUAAACUUGAACAAAGAGUUUGCUUCUGAUCAUGUUUUCAUUCUGGCCUAUGCAUGCUUAUGAGUUAUUAUCAGUGCUUUAGUUUGUUUGUGAAUGCAUGUUGUUGCUGUGUAAAGUUAGCUGGGCUGUGUGAAGCGCUUCAAGUUAAAUGAUAUUUAAAUAAAGUCUUGUUAGGGAGGGGGGUUUCAGGAGACUGUACCGUGCCUGUAUUAUGACUGCAGCUGAGAAUGUUACACACACACACACACAACAGUUGUGAUACACAGGCAUGCGUUAACACUCACACACAUGCGCACACAAGCACAAAACCCCUUGAGGGAGGAUCACUUGCUUUUCUUACCUUUUUUCAGGAAAGAUCUUGAAUCAUUGAAUCAUCUUGUUUAUAUAACUGUAAAUAAAAUGUCUUUACAUUG